AUGGAUAAAAGGUCCUUAGGCAAUCCGAUGAAACCAGUUCAAAAUAUGCAAUUGACACUGAUCAUUACUUUAAUCGCUUUCUUUAUGAGCGGUUCUGCGGCCGAAAAUGGAUCUGUCACAGUAGAUACAAACGCAGGUAAAGUAGAAGGUACCAUGGUCCAAGUAGAAAAUAAAGAUUGCGCUAUUUUCUUAGGAAUACCUUAUGCAAACCCACCUGUGGGCCAGUUACGAUUUCAUCUACCCACGCCGGUGAUGAAAUGGAACAAUGUGCUCCAAGCCAAGACUGUACCCAAUCUUUGCUAUAGUCUCAAUUUUGCCAAUUUCACGGACGUAAUAGGAAGCCAAAAUGAAGACUGCCUGUAUUUAAAUGUUUUCACACCUAAGGUAGGAGCAUCCAAGCUACCUGUGCUGGUAUGGAUCCAUAGUGGCUCACUAGGAAUGGGCAAUGCGGCCUGGUGGAAUGGUGAAGCGUUGGCCACUUUAGGUAAUAUGGUUGUAGUAACCUUUGACUACCGUCGUGGUGUGCUCGGUUUUUUGACUGGAAUGGAUCGUAAUGGUAUGCCUAUUAUAACUCCAAACCUUGGCUUGCAUGAUCAACAAGCAGUAUUUCGUUGGGUACAACAAAAUAUAGCCCAAUUUGGUGGAGAUCCUCAGCGUGUUACCAUUAGCGGUCACUCUGCAGGCGCUGCAUCGGUUGGUCUGUUUAUUACAACAACACCAAUGCAAGAGACGCUUUAUAGACAAGGCAUCAUGGCUGGGGGCUCACCUGUACUGCCUACGUUAUAUUAUCCAGAUCUUAAAUCAACUAGCCAAGCUUACAAAAAUUUUCUGUCUCGUACAACCUGCGACAUAUCUGCCUCAAAUCAAAACAUUCUAAGCUGUUUACGUAAUCUGCCUAUUGGCGAUAUUAUUUCUAUUCAAGGUAAAACUAGUACUAUCUUGGGCCUUAGCGAAGCUUACAGAAUCGUCGUCGACGGGACGUUAAUUAGCGACGAUCCAAAAAGGCUGUUAAAGGCUGGUACUUUGAAAAAUAAAAACGUCAAGGUAAUUGGUGGAGUGUUAAAAAAUGAAGGUGACUUAUUCAUUGCUCUAAUUCCGCAAUUAAAUAAUGGUAUGCCUCGCCAGAUGUUCUUCAAUUAUAUCAAUCGAGAAUUUCCCAAUGCAAGCCAAGCUGCUCGAUCAGUCGUCAUCUAUCGUUACACUGCUUGGUCAAACGUAACGUCUCCUGCCAAUAACUUGCGAAUGACAUCGGAUCUUUUCACCGACAGAAUAUUUAAUUCACCAAUGGCAUACACGUUAAACAAAAUGUCUGAUAAUGGCAUCGUAACCUAUUUUUACCAAUUCAAUCAUAAAAUAAUCAACUCUGGCUACUUCCCACCUCAUGUUGGCGUUGUACAUUCUAUGGAAAUACCGUAUAUUUUUGGUUACCCAAUGUUAAAUUUGUCUCAUAAGGGUAAUUCGUACACCAGCGAGGAUAUGAAAUUAAGCAGAGUAAUGAUUAAUCUAUGGUCAAAUUUCGUUGCAUCCGGAAAUCCCACAUCCACGCCAGUCAAUGGUAUUACAUGGCCUAGGUAUGACUCUAAAAGUAAAAGAUGUUUGCAACUAGCUUCAACUCUUGGUGUCCAGAAGGCACCUCGUGCUGACUAUGUAGCUUUUUGGAAUGAUUUAUGGCCUCAAUUAGCCUCUGUUAAUAAUUCAUCGCCAGAAAAUUCGACCAUGCCAGAAACAUGUGUUAGCCGUUCAUACAUGCUUGCUACAUACAUACAAUUUGCGGUAUUAUGUACUUUAGCUGCAGCUAUGAUUAUAUUUUUUAUUUUUAAAUAUCGAAAAUGGCCUUCUCGAAAUAUAGCAAGACUUGCAUCUGCAGGAAAUGACAACAAUGCUUUGUAA